GACAGCGUGGCUGCAUUGUCGCAGCGAGACAACUUGUCCAGUCCAUACCAGCAGCUCUGCCGCUCGCAACAUCCCCAGGUCGACCUUUUUCACUGGACAUGCGGGAUCUGGCUUUACUUUCUGUAACUGUAUGACUCACAGGCCACAACACCGGAGGGUUUGUUGUUGGCGUGGAAUAACGGCUGCAGUCACGGAUAUCUGGCACAGAGGCUGACGAGCGACAGAUAACAACCUGCCUUGCCCGGCGCCGGGAGCCACCAACCGGCCGCUGGGAACCGGAGGGGUUGGAAGGCUAGCUAACUGGAAUUAGCCGGGGAGAGCCUUUCACACCCUCACCCUCAAACACUUCGCUGCGUUGACGCCUACUCUAAAGGGUAGGGACAGCGCGAAGAUGGAUUGAAAGAUGAAGGGUGGAACUGUCCCAUCAUCAAAAUAAGAGGACUUCUCUCUGAGGUUGUGCUCUGCAGCUUAACUGUGUGACUGAGCUGGGAGACAGCAAAGAAGAUGCCUCCCAGGCCGUCCUCAGGGGAGCUAUGGGGCAUCCACUUGAUGCCUCCCAGGAUCCUGGUGGACUGCCUGUUGCCCAAUGGGAUGAUUCUGACCCUCGAGUGUCUCCGUGAGGCCACGCUCAUCACCAUCAAACAUGAGCUGUUCAAGGAGGCCAGGAAGUAUCCCCUCCAUCACCUUCUACAGGAAGAGACAUCAUACAUCUUUGUCAGUGUUACACAGGAAGCAGAGCGGGAGGAGUUCUACGAUGAGACUCGGAGGCUGUGUGACCUCCGACUCUUCCAGCCCUUCCUCAAGGUCAUUGAACCAGUUGGCAACAGAGAGGAAAAGAUUCUCAACAGAGAGAUCGGUUUUGCCAUUGGUAUGCCUGUGUGCGAGUUUGACCUCGUGAAGGACUCUGAGGUUCAGGACUUCAGGAGAAACAUCCUGAAUGUUUGCAAAGACUCUGUGGAGCUGAGAGACGCCAGCGGGCCACACAGUAGAGCGCUUUAUGUUUACCCACCCAAUGUAGAAUCCACACAGGAACUUCCCAAACACAUCUAUAGCAAACUGGACAAAGGUCAGAUUAUUGUUGUGAUUUGGGUGAUUGUUUCACCAAACAAUGACAAACAAAAGUAUACACUGAAGAUCAACCACGACUGUGUGCCUGAACAGGUGAUUGCGGAGGCCAUUCGUAAGAAGACACGCAGCAUGCUGUUGUCCCCAGAGCAGCUAAAGAUGUGUGUUCAGGAAUACCAGGGUAAAUACAUCCUCAAAGUUUGUGGCUGUGACGAGUACCUGCUGGAAAAGUACCCCAUCAGUCAGUAUAAGUAUAUCCGUAGUUGCAUCAUGCUGGGCAGGAUGCCUAACCUGAUGCUAAUGGCUAAGGACAGCCUGUACACCCAGUUGCCUACAGAUAACUUUGUCAUGCCGUCAUACUCUCGACGCAUCUCCACGGCAACUUCCUAUAUGAACGGUGAGGCAGCUGCCAAGUCGCUGUGGACCAUCAACGGAACUCUGCGAAUACGAAUCCUCUGCGCCACCUAUGUUAACGUCAAUAUACGUGACAUAGACAAGAUAUAUGUGAGGACAGGUAUUUACCAUGGAGGUGAACAGAUGUGUGACAAUGUCAACACACAGAGAGUGCCCUGUUCUAACCCCAGGUGGAAUGAGUGGCUCACCUAUGAUAUGUACAUCCCAGACAUUCCCCGUGCCGCCAGACUGUGCCUCUCCAUCUGCUCCGUCAAGGGCAGGAAGGGGGCUAAGGAGGAGCACUGUCCAUUAGCUUGGGGUAAUGUCAACUUGUUUGACUACACUCACACUCUAGUGGCCAACAAGAUGGCUCUGAACCUCUGGCCUGUCCCUCACGGCCUUGAGGACCUCCUCAACCCCAUAGGAGUCACUGGAUCCAACCCCAAUAAGGAAACGCCAUGUCUGGAGCUGGAGUUUGACCACUUUAGUAGUCCAGUCAAAUACCCAGAUAUGAAUGCAGUAGAGGAUCACGCAAACUGGAUCAUCUCAAGGGAGCUGGGAUUCAACUACAACCUCUCUGGACAGAGCAAUCGUGUGGCCAGAGAUCACGCUCUGACAGAGAGCGACACUGAGCAGCUGAGACAGCUGAGCAACAGAGACCCUCUGUCAGAAAUCACUGAACAGGAGAAAGACUUCCUCUGGAGACACAGGCACUACUGCAUGAACAUCCCUGAAAUCCUUCCCAAGAUCCUUCUUGCUGUCAAAUGGAACUCCAGAGAUGAAGUAGCACAGAUGUACUGUCUGUUAAAGGAGUGGCCAUCUAUCCGCCCUGAGCAGGCCAUGGAGCUGCUGGACUGCAACUACCCAGACCCCAUGGUCAGACACUUUGCUGUACGCUGCCUUGACAAAUACCUGACUGAUGACAAACUGUCCCAGUACCUGAUCCAGCUUGUACAGGUAUUAAAAUAUGAGCAGUAUCUUGACAAUCCCCUGGCCCGCUUCCUCCUCAAAAAGGCCCUGACCAAUCAAAGGAUAGGGCAUUUCUUCUUCUGGCACCUCAAGUCAGAAAUGCACAACAAAACGGUGAGCCAGAGGUUCGGGCUGCUGUUAGAGGCUUACUGCAGGGCUUGUGGCAUGUACCUCAAACACCUGAGCAGGCAGGUAGAGGCCAUGGAGAAGCUCAUAAACCUCACUGACAUCCUGAAACAAGAGAAGAAGGAUGAGACACAGAAGGUCCAGAUGCGGUUUCUUGUGGACCAGAUGAAGAGACCGGACUACAUGGAUGCUCUGCAGAACUUCACCUCUCCUCUCAACCCUGCACACCAGCUGGGAAACUUGAGGUUAGAUGAAUGCAGGAUCAUGUCAUCAGCAAAGAGGCCGUUGUGGUUGAACUGGGAGAAUCCUGACAUCAUGUCCGAACUCCUCUUUCAGAACAACGAGAUAAUCUUCAAAAACGGAGAUGAUUUGCGGCAGGAUAUGCUGACGUUGCAGAUUAUUAAAAUCAUGGAGAAUAUUUGGCAGAAUCAGGGACUGGAUCUACGGAUGCUUCCCUACGGCUGUCUGUCAUUGGGAGACUGUGUGGGCCUCAUUGAGGUGGUUCGCAGCUCCCACACCAUCAUGCAGAUUCAGUGUAAAGGAGGGUUGAAGGGAGCCCUGCAGUUCAACUCCAACACUCUGCAUCAGUGGCUCAAGGACAAGAACAAGGGCGAGAUGUAUGACAUGGCUGUGGAUCUGUUUACGAGGUCCUGUGCUGGCUACUGUGUAGCUACAUUUAUCCUUGGGAUAGGAGACAGGCACAACAGCAACAUCAUGGUCAAAGAUGAUGGACAGUUGUUCCAUAUAGAUUUCGGCCAUUUCCUGGAUCACAAGAAGAAGAAAUUUGGCUACAAGAGAGAACGAGUUCCCUUUGUACUGACGCAAGACUUCCUCAUCGUCAUCAGCAAGGGAUCCCAGGAGUGCACAAAGACCAAAGAGUUUGAGAGGUUCCAGGAGAUGUGUUAUAAAGCCUACCUGGCCAUCCGGCAGCAUGCCAACCUCUUCAUCAACCUGUUCUCCAUGAUGCUGGGCUCUGGCAUGCCUGAGCUGCAGUCAUUUGAUGACAUUGCCUACAUCAGGAAGACUCUGGCCCUGGAGAAAAGUGAGCAGGAGGCGUUGGACUACUUUAUGAAACAGAUGAACGAUGCUCACCAUGGAGGGUGGACCACUAAGAUGGACUGGAUAUUCCACACAAUCAGACAGCAUGCACUAAACUGAUGUCCUGCACACAAACAAAAAACACCAGUCCCUACCAUGGAGUAUUUACUUGUGUCAACCAGACGCAGCAUUAGUCUUUCAAGGAAAUUCAGUUCUGUUACACCAGACACUGCAAACAGCCCACUGAUGGUUUUCUUUUUAACACCAGUACUGUAUGUGUUAAUUUAAACAACUUUUGCGUUGUUCUGCUUUUUCUCGGCGUCAUCAUCUGCCUUUCUGUGUGGUCUUGAUGAAGCUCUCACACUACCCUCUUCUUGCUUCGGGGACAACAAGAAAGUUUUCCUCACAUCCUGGUGAAGAUGUGCCCUACCUGGCCAAUGCUUGUAUCCCUGGCUACUAUGCUUCCUCUAUUUUUUUGGCCAACACGAACAAACCGGGUAACCAAGGAAAUUUUACCCCUUACUCUGCUGCUCUUGGAGGAAAAACACAAAUUGGACAAAACAGUGUAAAGAAAAUGUGUUUGCCAAGCUGUAAAUGUAGCCAUAAAGGGAGUUCGACAUGCUGCUCUUCUGCUGUUGUAGUGCUGCACUGUGGGUCCACCCCAGACGGGAGGUGCUUGGGAAACUUUUUUUUUAAUCACUGCUGAGAAGAUAGUGGGCACAAGGACCUGUCUAAAUUAUCUCACAUAAUAGAAGUGUUACUCAGAUUUGCUGUCUGGUGCACGAUUACCAGAGUAUGGGGGCUUCUAUGAUGACUACCACUGCACAGUCUUCCACCAUCUUUGUGGGGAAGUUGCCCUUCUGAGCUGAUUUGUUGUCAGCUUUCCAACUUGUUACCCUUUGUGAGGAAAUUUCAAAGCUCAAGAACUGCACUGCAGAAGAGUCUGUGUUGUUUUGCACAGCCCUGCAGUCUCCCACGGCCUCAAUGAAACAGCACUCCACUCCUGGGAACAUUUGUUGGUGGUGCAGCUUUAGACUCAUGCAUAAACUUCAGGGUGAAGAUGCCUCCAUCAAAAAAAACAGCACUUAGAAAUACCAGAAUAAUAUACAGAUUUAUUAUGUAUGACUUUUUAAAUUUAUUUAUGUAUCUAGUUUCUUUCAGUUUCUACACAGGCAAAACCCUAACUCAGCUCUCUGGAAACAUGCCAUUGUUUGUGUAAAUAUAUUUGGAUUUUUUUUUUUUUUUUUUGUGUUUGCAACUUCUUCUGGCUACCAGUGCAGCCCUUCUCCCCUGCUUUCUCUGUCAUAGAGUUUUUGCUCCUGUUCGUAAACCAAGACCGCAGACGCCCUUUUUUGCUUCAGUCACUUUUAAGUUAUGUCAGCUGACAGAAUCAGUGGCCCAGUUUGUCUCAUUGUGGCUAAUUUUCAGUCCUACUAUGACUUUUAAAGAAUAAUUUGUUUGGGGGAAGCAAAAUGGCAAGAGUGAAAGUGCCAGUCUCACAUUUUGGAAAUAAUGGGACCUAUUUUAAGCCUCUGUCUGUCUGUCUGUCUGUCUGUCUGUCUGUCUGUCUGUCUCUGUCUGUCGGUCUGUCUGUCUGUCUGUCUGCGAGCAGAGGUCCAGGGGAAUGUCACGUCUUCCUGUUGAUACAAUGCCUUGGCGUCACAGCACAACACUCCACAACACUGCACACUGCUAAGCCCAACAGAGUCUGCCUAAGCAAGUUGUAGUUAACAAAAUCAUAACAGCACUGUUAACAUGAAAAGACAUGAUACAGUUUUUAGGAAGCACUAGAUUUGACCUUUGUGGUGUAUUAUUUUUUUAUUUGUAUGAUAGGCUAGUGCUCUUUAGCAUGUCCCCUCAUUAGAACGUGUUUUCAUGGACAAAGUUUAUUUAUCUUGUUUAUCAUUUGGUGGAUAUUUUUUUAUCCAGAACAACUUUCUCUGAGCCUAUAACCCUGCAAGAAUUUGAGCCAUGCUUUUUGUUGCCGGGUACUGUUAAAGCCAUGCUCCACACCUUUUUGUUGGCACUUGAAUUUUUUUAUAGAUUUUUCCCAGCAAGACCGUGUAGGUUUUUCAGUAUUUUAAAGUCACAGUGAAAUGGUUGUUAGAGCAUCUUUAGUAAAACAAGUGAAGCAGCACAUGGGGGCAGGAUUAGCUAAUCAUCACUAUCACAUUUCAUUGAAUAAAUUUUGGGUAUACAUCCCUGAGUUUAAGAUGAGGCAUAAAUAAUUUUUUAUGUUUUACAGAGAGAGAGAUAAAAGACGGCUUUUGAUGUAAAAAUACUCAGAUUCUUUUUAAACAUAUAUUUGGCGUAUAACAAGUGAUAACAGAACAGUUAACACAGACUCAAGAUUCCAGCUUGGAACAUGUAUUUAUGUUUCACUGUCAUCAAAGCAGACUAUAGCAGGCUGGUCUCUGGAGACGGGUCAUUUGGGAUCAUUUAAAAAAAGGUGCACAGAGCUGUGAAUGGCAUGAUUUCUCACAACUGAGAACGUCUCGUAUGGUCUGCUCUGCUGAGGAGAGCAUCCUCACAAGCCCCGCCCCCGACAUCCUCAAAUGUGUCUUUCAAGACAUUUGGAUGUGUGCGUAGCUAAAUUGUUAUUUUAGUAACCUUACAAUUCUUACAAUCUUGUCAGUGGAAAGGAAAGUCUGCACUUUGCCAGUUCAACUGUUGAUUGUACUGAAAAGCCAAAGUUGUGGUCUGUUCUGAUGUGGCGCACGUGUGAGGUCGAUUUAUUUCAGCAUUGAUUGCUGGAAUGUAUUUAACCGCUUAACGUGGACCUUAUGUGCACUCACCCGUUUAUGUUUUUUCGUUCUAAAGUCAGAUGCAGUGUCACUGAACACACGGUAGGCUGUCAGCAGAGAGCUCCUCUCUCAUCCACUGAUUUUCUUAACGUGCCAAAUCAGGCCUCACUGCGGCCUGUGGAAGCUAAUGCUGGAAUUGCAUCAUGCAGGAAGGUAUCAGUAUCAGUUACAGACUUUAAAAAUCAAAAAUUAAAAAAAAAGGGAAAGGUGGGGGUAAUGCACUUAAAAAAUAUCAAGUUCUCAAUGCCUUUUUGUUCAAAAGGACUGUAAGAAGAAAGUUAGCCUAGUAUGCAUGUUUCUCAAGCAGCAUAACCAGUAUGUAUGAUGUACAUUUUGAAACAGCAUUAAGCAGUAUGUAUGUACAGUUACAGUCUAAACUCUUUUUCUAUGGUAGGCUUCAAGUGUGACAAACCUAUAAUGUUGUUAUCUUUAAUAUCCUUUGCCAUAUAUCCUCUGAACUGAUAGUGUGAGUGUGUUUGUGUGUGUGUGUCCAUGUGCAUUAAUUGUCUUUCUGUACAGGUUGCAGAGCUUCAUUGGCAGGCCCCAAUGAAAACACACACCAUGUAUGUAUGUAUGCGUGCACAUGUCCACGUGUCUGUGUGAUGACACCCAACUGUUGCAGUGAUGGUGUCUCUAAAUGUUUUGUAACCCUUUUUUUUCCCCAUUUGCUUGUUUGUGCCAGAGAAGAAAAACAAAAUUGCUGAAGCUUUUGCAGGAAAACUUCAGGAACGAGGAAACGUAGAAGAAGGGAAACUUCUUUUUUUCAUACAUCGGUUGUAAAUGUUUUACUUGAAAUGUCACGAAUUGGAACCACAGCUUUGAUGAUUUAGAGCUGGGAUGCGGUAUCCAUUUAGUACUGAUUGUGAGAGAGAGUGUGUGUGUGUGUGUGUGUGUGUGUGUGUGUGUGUGUGUGUGUGUGUAUUGUGCUGUAGGUGAGCAGCAAGGUUUGAAACAUUUGUGUACAGGCUGUUUGUGUACAGGCUGUUUGUUUGUAUACUGGCAGUAAAUGCUAUUGAUGCCACAGUCCUACAUUUCAGAGCGAAGAAGCAACUAUUUCUUGAACUAGAAUGAAGGACUGAAGUUGUGCUUGAGUCCACGUUUCUAAGACCAGGUGCAGUGAGAACUGUGAUGAAGUAUUUAAUAAGAUUCAGUAACCUCAGAAAGGAAUGAGGUCCAGCACCAAGAUGAUAGUUGUCACAUCUUGUCAUAGCAUGUAUGUAUGUUUGUUUGUUUGUUUGUUUGUUUGUUUGAAAGUUCUCCUGGUCUCCGACUUUGGCUCUGAAUUGGUGCAGGAAUUCUGCAAUAACUGUUGCACUACUUUUUUCCUCCCUGAAGUGAAGGCUUAGAUGACACCCACUCUUUAUCCUUCUUAACUGUCAGAAAGCCCCACAUUGAAAAGGUAUUUACAAAUCCGCUUGUUGCAGGAUCAGUUUAACUGGUUUCUGUCUUGUUUUGUUGCUAAGCUCGUCUGACUGUGUGGGUCAACAGUCUGCAGGAGAUUCCUUUUUCCUCAGUGCUGAGAGAUACUGAUAGAUGUUCUGUGAAGCGACCGAGAGAGGAGGGAAACAAUAUUUUCACUCGUCAUCUCUUCAGUUUGCUAAUGCAAUCACAAAGUCUGACCUAUGAUUCCAAGACUAAACCGUGGACAUGAUAACAUGAACACGCAGCAAAUAAAAUGCAGAUCAAUGCAAUAUCCUUGCAGUAAAUACUAUGUUUGUGACACUUACAUUGUGGUGUUUUGUUUUUGGCAACUGUCACAAGUUUUUAUUCUUGUUUGUGUUCUUGUUUCUUCACCUGAUGGACAGGUGCUCACAUUAUUGUGUCCACCACCUGUAUGAACAUGCACCCUGAUAUUUAGUAGAGCAGAGCUUAAUAUGUGUUGUUUUGGGUUUUUUCCUGUAGAGAAGUUAAAAGCCUUGUUUUGUUUUUUUGUUUUUUCUUACACAAAUUGUGUUUUUAGAAAGCCUUUGAGGCUUUAAACAGCAUGAAUGUCGAGGGUUUUAAACUCUAUACUUGCAGAAAAAGAAAAAAAAAAUCAAUCUUGGAUCCAAGAGCAAAUAUGGUGAAUCAUUUAGAUUAUUUGUGAUCAUUUUUUUAGACAUCACAAAUGCCCCAAAUUCUCAGCUUAAAGAGGAAUAUGGACUGAAUAGUCUGUCCUUUCAUGUUCUUUUCUGUAUACAGUACUAUGAGCUACAUUACAGUGUGGCAUUAAUAUACUUCCAUAACAUACCAUUAACCUAUACUAUGAAUGAAUGUACAACGGGCCAAUGUAUUGUUUUCCACAGCCUGCAUGGAAUUGGGUAAAGAUGAAUUCUUCCUCUUGCUACUUUGUUUUUUGUUAGUUUUUUUUUAAUUUAGUCUGCUAGGCAGCCAUACAGAUGUUAAUAAAUUAACGCCUAAAGUUAGCUCUCUGACAUCUUCAUUCUCACAGUAACCUGCGUUUGUUUUUGUUUUUUUCUUCUUCUUCUUCUUCUUCAUAAGCGUAUAUUGUGUUUCAUUCUUGCUCCCAGGUCACAGAGUAAAGGUUUGUACCCUGACUGACUGAUUGGUCAUCUGAGUGUUCUGUGAAGAUGUACAAAUAAAUUUGUUAAACAUU